GUUGUCAUUUAGCAGUUGACAGGUGCCCGUAGACGUUAUUCAUCAGGGGCUAGAUCAAUAAUAUUGGCGUGCAAUGAAGCUACAAAACUUCAUCAUUUUGAUCAUUGCGCAAUUAGUCAUGGGUUUUAAUGACAAUUUUACUGAGAAGGAACUAUGGAUCGAGCAGAAAUUGGAUCAUUUCGAUGAGAACGAGACGCGCACAUGGCAAAUGCGUUAUUCGGAAAGUGAUACUUUUUAUAAGCCUGGUGGUCCCAUCCUUAUCAAUGUGAAUGGUGAAUGGCCUUUAGCAGUAAAAAGCGAAUUGUGUGGCAUGUUCUACGAAUUGGUUGAAAAGUUCAAUGCCUAUGCGUUUCAAACCGAACAUCGUUACUACGGCAAAAGUCAUCCAGUACAAAAUUUAACCACUGAAAACCUGCAAUAUUUGACGAUGAAGCAAGCCCUAGCUGAUCUGGCCCAUUUCGUUAGGCACCAAAAAUCCUCUGUUCCUGGACUAGCCAACUCUAAGGUCAUCAUUCUCGGCUGCUCGUACGCAGGAAGCAUAGUAACCUAUUUUCGGAAGGAUUAUCCUGAAUUAAUUGACGGCGGUUGGUCAUCUUGCGCGGGGCUCUACUACAGAUUGGACUAUUCCGAUGCCUUAGUAAGCGUUGGUAAAUCAAUUCGCAAGAUCGGUGGAGAUGUAUGUUACGAUCAAGUUAACCAUUUCACCAAAGCUUACCUCAAACAUAAGAAAGCAAACGAUGAAACUUAUACAUUGCUUCAGCAACUUAACUUAACUGUCGAAUAUAACAACAUGGAUGAGACAAUAGCAACUCAUGUGCAGCAUCGCAACAUAUCCAUGUUCCAAAAAAUAUGCAGCAAUAUAACUGCGGUUGAUAGCAAUGACAUUGUCGAAUUCGGUUUAGUCUUACAGCAUCUCAGGUCAAAAAUACCAGAAGUGGGUAACAAGGAUGACAUUGAAUUUUCGGAGGACCAUUCAACCCGUCAAUAUUUUUAUCAAACUUGCAAUGAGUUCGGUAACUUCCAAAGCACAAGCUCCCAACAUCAACCUUUCGGUAACAGAAAGCCUUUUUCCUCCUUAAUUGCCCAGUGUAAAAAGGAGUUUGGUCCUAAAUUCACCAUUGACUAUAUAAAUAAAAAAGUUGAUGAAAUCAACGCACUAUAUGGAGGUACUCAGCCCAAUGUUGAUCACAUUUAUUUCACAAAAGCCGAAGAUGAUCCCUGGAGAUGGGCUGGCAUAGUUGACGAAUGCGCGACUGUUAUACCAGGCAUUGCUCACUGCCAUGAUUUGCGAGCUCGCAGUCCUAAUGAUCCUCCCGCUCUUGCAGCUGCCAAGCAAAAAGGCUUCGAGCUAAUUGAGAGCUGGAUAAAUGGCGGGGGUACCACUCGCGAAACACUAACAAAAUGUUAAUUUUUAUAUUGUGCAAUUGACCAAAAAAGAGGAUUUUUAAAAUAAAAAUCACAUGUAGAAUGUCAAAUGCUGAACCUGA